AUGCUUCGUCGCGUCCCCACCACCAGUGACGGAAAAGUUCUUGAUAGAUUCCAUGAAACUACUCGAGUCAAUCAGCCGUUCAAACCACCCACCAUCGCAAUACUUGAGCGCGUUCAACCACAAAGAAAACGGAAGCGUGUCUCGUAUAAGGGGCAGGAAGCGAGCUUAUCUGAUUCCGAAAAUGACGCAGGUUCAAGGAAGAAGAAGAAAACAGACAAGGACGGCAUAUAUCACAAUGAGGAGGAGCUCUUGGCUGCCAUCCCCAAGUUUCCUAUCUACAAGCCCAAACCCUUCGACCAGAUGACGCGUAGGUUCUCUAUGCCUUCGAUGAGAAGCAAAGAUGGAACGGUGGUACCGCUUACGCCAUCCAAUGCGUCCCUCGGCGUUCGACCUCAGGCAAAAAUCAUCCCAAGACCGCUGCACGAUCCCAUGGAAGACCAUGCCAUCGUUUUAUAUGACCCGACUACCGACGAUCGAGAAACGGACGAAGAGAGAAAGGAAAGGCUCGAGGGGGAAGCGAAAGAGAAAGCUGCGAUGGAGGCAAUAGAAAAAACUGCCGGAAUGUACAACCCCCACAAGCGCUUGGAAGAUUUGCUCGGCGAAGGAAAGGAUAAGAAGCCCAAAGAUAAAAAGGUUCCAGUGGUCAUUGACCCUCUUUUGACAAAAGUUCUUCGGCCACAUCAGGUCGAAGGCGUCAAGUUCCUCUACAAAUGCACAACCGGCAUGCUAGUUGAGAAUCAAUAUGGGUGCAUUAUGGCCGACGAGAUGGGGCUUGGAAAAACCUUGCAAUGCAUUGCGCUGCUCUGGACUUUGUUGAAACAAUCACCACAUCCCGGGAAGCCAUCAAUUGAGAAAUGCAUUAUUGCAUGUCCCUCAAGCUUGGUCAAGAAUUGGGCAAAUGAACUUGUGAAGUGGUUGGGAAAAGAUGCGGUUACGCCCUUGGCCAUCGACGGCAAAGGAGGGAAAGCCGAAUUGCUUGAGAGGGUUGGGAGGUGGGUAGCAGCCCGUGGGCGGAAUGUAACGCAACCAGUGAUGAUAGUCUCAUACGAGACACUUCGUACACUUACUGUCCACCUUGCACAUUGCAAGAUUGGACUUCUUCUCUGUGAUGAAGGUCAUAGACUAAAGAAUUCGGAGUCCUUGACUUUCCAAGCGCUCAACGGAUUAGAUGUCAAUCGUCGCGUUAUUCUAACAGGCACUCCAAUCCAGAAUGAUCUGUCAGAAUAUUUUUCGUUACUGAACUUUGCCAACCCAAAUUUUCUUGGGUCCAAGAACGACUUCCGCAAAAACUUUGAAAAUGCCAUCAUUCGUGGCCGAGAUUCGUUGGCAAGUGAUGGUGUCAAAGCGGAAAGUGAGAAAAAACUCAAAGAGCUUGGCAAUUUGGUCACGAAGUUCAUCAUUCGCAGGACCAAUGAUCUCUUGUCAAAAUACCUCCCUGUCAAGUACGAGCAGGUUGUCUUCUGCGGUCUAUCAGAGUUCCAACUUUCCCUAUAUCGUCUCUUUAUCGUGUCUCCUGAGAUCAAGGCUCUUCUGCGUGGCACGACCUCCCAGCCCCUCAAAGCGAUUAAUAUUCUCAAGAAACUCUGUAACCACCCUGAACUACUCGACCUUCCUGAUGAUCUUAAAGGAUGUGACCACUUGAUUCCCGAAGGAUUCAGCAGCACUGCUGCAAGGAGUCGAGGGAAGGGUGGCAAGCAAACGGUUCGAUGCGAUUGGGGUGGCAAGUUUUUGGUACUUGAGAGGUUUUUGCAUCAGAUCAAGACGCAAACGACAGAUAAAAUCGUCUUGAUCAGUAAUUAUACCCAAACCCUCGACCUUUUCGAAAAGCUUUGCAGAAGCAAGAAAUAUGGAUUCUUCAGGCUGGACGGGUCAAUGACAAUCGUCAAACGACAAAAACUUGUUGACCAAUUUAACGACCCCGACGGGAAAGAGUUCAUCUUCUUGCUCAGUAGCAAAGCUGGCGGGUGUGGUAUCAACUUGAUUGGCGCGAACCGGUUAAUACUAUUUGAUCCUGACUGGAAUCCUGCUGCUGAUCAACAGGCGCUAGCUCGUGUGUGGAGGGAUGGCCAGAAAAAGGAAUGCUUUGUUUAUCGAUUUAUCUCGACGGGGACUAUAGAAGAGAAGAUAUUCCAACGGCAAGCCAAUAAACAGGCCCUCUCAUCUGCCGUAGUGGAUGAAAAAGAGGACGCAGAGCGCCACUUUUCAAUUGAUGCCCUUCGGCAACUCUUCACUUUCAAUGAAAAUACCCUGUGCGAAACACAUGAGACGUUCAAGUGCAAACGAUGCAAAGAUGGCAAACAAAUAGUCAAAGCUCCUGCGCUGCUGUACGGGGAUGCCAGCACAUGGAACCACUUCACCAAUGCGGAGCUCAAGAAUAAUCAUGACGAUCUUCUUCGUGCAGAAGUCGGGUUGCCUGAAGUUUCUUUCGUGUUUCAAUACAUCAGCCACUGA